AUGAUGGACUCUCUCUUAGAUAGUAGUGGUGAAGAAGAUAACCAUAAUGAAGAGGAUCAACAUAUAUUUGAUAGUACAUUUGGUGAAGGUAGAGAUAAAAGAAAGAGAAAGAAAUCUACUUCUUCUUCGUCUACCUCCAAAUCAAAAGGACAAGGUAAAAAGGUACAAAAGAAAGAUUCUUCCUCUUCAACCAAACCAAAGACAAGUACUACUAGUACUAGUAAUAAUAAUGGUACAACAAAGUCAAUAUCUAAAAAUAAUAAUAAUAAGGAUGGAUCAAAAUCAAAGAAUAAUAAUGGUAAAACAUCACCAAUUAAAAUAGAUGAUGAUCAAGAUACAGAACCAGAGGAUGAAGAUCCUCUAUAUAAAUCGACUACAUCAUUCUUUGAUGAUGCUACUGAUCGAGAUGAAGAAGGAGAAGAAAACUCUGAUGACGAUACAAUCGAAGAUGAAUCUCACACUUAUGAUAGUGAUAGUGAUGAUCCUUUUGGUGAACGACCUAAAGGUGGAAAUAAUAAUAAGACUACAUAUAACAAUAAUAACAAUAAUAAUAGUAGUAGUAAAAAGACAACAACAUCAAAGAGACAAACUAAAUCUGGAUCACAUCAUACCGAUCAAUUGGAAGAUGAAUUUGAUAUAAAUGAAUAUGAUAAUGCAUACAAUGGAGAAAUGAAUGGUGAUGAAGUGAUGGAUGACAAAAUGACAAAAUUAAAACAAGCAUUACAAUACUCUGUUGCGAGGAUUAGUGAACGUGAAACUGAAUCCAAUCAUAGAAUUGUUACUCAUCAAGCUAUAAAUGCUCUUAGUCAUUUAAUGUAUAGAUUAUUAAAAAAUAAUAUUUCAAAAGACCUAUUUUUAUAUUGCAAACAUGCAAAACGUCAAACUAUAACAAUGGAUGAUGUUAUUUUAUUAUCAAAGACUAAUCCUACAGUUAGGAAAAAAUUGUUUGCUAAAAAAAGAGAGAUUUUAGGUAUACCAUCUCCAACUGCUAGUACAGACGAUGACUAUUUUUCAACAACAACUACAACGACUACUACAACAAAUAAUUCGAAUCAAUUAAAACAAACAACUCUUACUUCAUCAAAAUUAAUUAAUCCCAUUUAUCCUAAAUCAUCUAAUAAUAAUAAUAAUAAUAAUAAUAAUAACAGUAAUAAUAAUAAUAAUAAUAAUGGGAAAUUCAAUGAUGAUGAUAUUUUCAGAUAA